GAUGAAACUGGGCUCGGCUGCGAUCUUAGCCGAGUUGUUCUCGAGUUUGGGCUGUGCAUUACGAGAGGAGAUGUCUCCACCGACGGAAAAUGGUGUUUUGUUGUGCUAUGGGUUCUGCCCUGCUCGCCCAAUAUGAACGUCCCAUGGAUGAGUUUAAAGGAGAGACUUUUUUCCUUAUGCCCAUCGAACCCGAUUCCUUUCUACUUUGAUGUUGGAACUCGGCCCACGGUGUCUCAGACGUACCUCCUGAAGCUCUUCUCUGUUGACCGGAAGGGAUUACUGCACGAUGUGACUCAUGUCCUUUCUGAACUUGAGCUUUUGAUCCAAAGAGUGAAGGUUUCGACGACUCCUGAUGGCAGAGUCAUGGAUUUGUUCUUUAUUACUGAUGGCAUGGAGCUACUGCAUACCAAAAAGAGACAAGAUGAGACAUGCGAAAGAUUGAAUGAUGUUUUGGGAGACUCAUGCAUUAGUUGUGAAUUUCAAUUAGCCGAUGGUUUUCAGCAAGGUUUCUCUUCCCUCCCUCCUUCUGUUGCUGAAGAACUAUUUCACCCUGAGAUAACCGAAGGGGAAGUUGGAUCACAAGCUCUUAGUCCAGAUAUGAGGAAACUGAAAAAGGUGAAUGUGGUCAUAGAUAAUUCCCUAAGCCCUUCACAAACUUUGCUUCAAAUUCACUGUGUCGAUCAGAAGGGUCUCCUCUAUGACAUUUUGAGGACUAUGAAGGACUGUGACAUCAAGAUAGCCUAUGGUCGAUUCCUGUCUGAGAAGAAAGGCUAUCGUGAAAUAGACCUUUUUCUUCAGCAAGCUGAUGGGAAGAAGAUAGUAGAUCCAGAGAAGCAGAAUACAAUUUGUUCCCAAUUGAGGUUGGAGAUGCUCCAUCCUUUGCGAGUAAUAAUUGUUAGCCGUGGCCCCGAUACCGAGCUUUUGGUCGCUAAUCCUGUUGAGCUUUCCGGAAAGGGGAGACCUCGGGUGUUUUAUGAUGUCACCCUUGCUCUAAAAGUGCUUGGGAUUUGCAUUUUCUCAGCUGAAAUUGGGAGGCACACAACAGCAGAGAGGCAGUGGGAAGUCUAUAGAUUUCUCUUGGAGGAGACCAGAGAGUACCCCCUGGCAAAUAAGCAGGCUAGAAGUAAGAUCAUUGAUAGAGUAAGGAGAACAUUAAUGGGCUGGUGAGAGCUGAAAAAUUACAUGAAGUUAACGGACAGGGCUUAGCGAUCUCAAGUUUUCGAAUCUACCGUUUCUAGUGCUUUACAUGGUCAUUUGGUUGUAUAGGGUUCUCGCUCUUAAAAGUGUACAUCCCAUUUGUAUUCACCGUCUACAGUUAUUAUAGCAAGAAGGGUUAUUCAUGUUUCUCUUAAUGAUUUUGAAUAAAAAUUUGCCCCCAGAGUUUCUCAUUCU